UUUAGUUUCUAGCUCUGAACCGAAAAUGGAGUUUCUGGACGAAGACGCGAAGCCCAGGUUCCUGUUUCACUCWCGCGCCAAUCCAUCUUCGGCGACUGAGCUCCGAAACGAACCAGAAUCCAGCAAGAUCUUUGUCUCAAUUUCCGUCUUAAUAUCUUCCAUUUUUCUUGUUCUCUCAAUUUUGUUUGUCCAAUACGAGCCAUUCAGAUCCCUCCUCAUCUGGAUUUCUCUCUCGCUUCUUAUCGGCCCCUUCGCCCCCAUUUCCAUCACCGGCGGCGAUAUCCGAGUCGGCAGAGGUCCGAUUGUCGAAAUUCCUAGCGAGGAACCCGAAGUGGAGGACGAUCCGAAGAAAAGAGCCGUUCAGAAGCGCUCAAAACCACGUAGAUCCGAGGAAGUCGCCGUUGCUGCAGUCGAAGUCGCUGGAAGAACUGAUGCGUCUUUGAAGGAGGAAAACAGGAAUGGAGCUUUUGGAAGUAAUAACAAUGGAGUCGGUUUUGCGAUCGAGGAGGCGGAGUGGGACGAGGGGGAAUUAGGGUUUUUAAAGAAGCAAUUGGCGAAGCAUCCCGUGGGGAAGCCGCGGCGGUGGGAGAUUAUUGCGGAGGCGUUUGGCGGAAGGCAUAAACUGGAGAGUGUGAUUAAGAUGGCGAAGGAAAUGGGAGAGAAGAAAUUAGGUGAUGAGGAUUCGUAUGCACAAUUUCUGAAGAAGAGGAAGCCGGUGGAUAAGAGAAUUGAAAACGUUGAUGAAGAACGGGUCGGCGGCGGUGGAACGGCGGACGGAUGGAAUUCUGUGGAAGACAUUGCGUUGCUCAAUGCUUUGAAGGCGUUUCCGAAGGAAGCUCCGAUGAGGUGGGAGAAGAUUGCGGCUGCUCUUCCUGGGAAAACGAAGGCAGCUUGCAUAAAAAGAGUUGGAGAUUUGAAAAGAGAUUUUCGCAAUUCCAAAGCUGCCAAUGACAUUUGAGGAAACAGAAAUGGGGUUUAGUAGAGAUCAAUUUCUUGAACUGCUGUGUCAAACAGGUAACAGAAAAUCUUGAAUCAUCUAAUUUUGCCUCUCAGUAGAUCAUCAUUUUUUCCCCUGAUACACAUUUAAUUCGUCAUAUCAAGUUUACAAGUUACCAUUUCAUUCCUUCACUGGUUGAUUGGAUAGAUCUAUAAGCAUUUUCAUGUAAUGAAUUAUCGGCUUCACUAGUUUCUUUUGCUUAGAAUAUUACAUCAAAUAUGUGGAAGAGAUUUGAAACUAAUAUGGGGUAGGAAUUUAAAGUUACUAGGUAGAGAUAACCUUAACCACUGUGGUAUGUUCAGAUUGGCCGCCCCUCACUUGUUUGAUUCGAUCAAUAUACAAUGUUUAGAAAAAGAAUUUUAGACUCGUGCCUCGGGGCAAGACUUAAAUUUUUUUUGUCUUCCUUGGGUAGAGGCUCAAAUUUCUAGGUUCAAGCCUUCUUUGGAUUAUAAGAGGCUUACACCUCCAUGAAUACAAAGUAAAUUUUUGAUCUCAUGUAAUAGUUAAAAAGAAUAGCAUUAAUUUUUAGUUUCAUGCUCCAAUUUGGUUGCAACCAUAAGGUUAACAAGGAUGAAUUUGGGAUUUUACUGUAUGGAUGAGUUAGCUGGUAAAAUUUUGCAAGUCUGAGUACAAGAGAUGAAAUUUUGGAGUUUAGAUCACAAUAUCUGAUUCUUACUGAGCAAACUGUGAACUCUUUCCCUUUCACAUAGCUGGAAAUGUUUGUGAUUGUUAAGGAGACAAUUUAUGACACCACAAAGUAGUGAAUGGUGUAAAUUAGACUUGAUAGAACUGAAAUAUACUGUCUGAUUGAGGUUUCUUUUGACCUGUCAUAAAAGUUUGUCAAUCUUCAAGACUUUGUUUUGAGGUUCCACUUCUAUAGUACUAGUCUGCUUAAAGUUAUAUAUCUCAGGACUCGAAAACCUCCGUGUUUUAAGGUUUUUAGAGCUUUGUACGUCCAGGUCUGCCCUGUCUUUGGUAUCAAUCUGUUUGCAGUUUCCAUCACUUUCCAUUGGCCAAACCAGAAAUUCUUGAUAUGAGUUCAUAGUUAACGUAGAAAUCGGCUUCCCAAUCCCCCAAAUGGCCACACGACCCACCAAAUCGAGCAGAGAAUGUCUCGUAUCAACAAAUUCACAUGAUCUUGGACCAUUCUCAGACUCCAUGACAAGGGAAGUCCAUUAACAAUUCUUUGUUAUUGAAUUCACCUCAUCCUUUUUUAUCUAUUUAUAUAUUUUUUUAAACUUUUUGGUCUAGGGACUGAGUUUUCAUAGACAAAUGAAAUGCAUAAGACUUAAUCUUAGGAAUUCUCAACUCCUCGGUUAAUAAUUUACUUCCUACUCUCUUUGAGUCGCUCUUCUUGGGGGGGCUGUAAUAGGAUUAAAGCAUAGAUUUUUGCCAUAGUUCUUGGGGCCGGGCCUAGAAAUAUUUGAUAUGUUUUGGAUAAAGCCAUAAACAGGUUAAAGAUCAUGAGUUCUUCCUCAACGUUGGUGAAAAUGACCCAGAAAUGAAUGACAUUAUUUUGGCUUAAAUACUAUUUUGGCCCUUUGAUUCGUA